CACACGUGUUCCAAGCGGAACAGACUGCUGGGCCGGAGAGUCCUAGGGAUGGAAUCCAAGAUGGAAGCACAGAGCGCUGGGGCCGACGAUGGCUUCACUCAGGUCACCCGCAAGGGUGGCCAACGGGCGAAGAAACGGCAGGCUGAGGAGCUCUCCCGAGCAGGAGAGGGCGGGGACCCGGGACGCAUGGAUACGGAGGAGAUCCGGCCAGCAAAGAGGCCUGUCUUCCCGCCCCUCUCUGGGGACGGGCUUCUGGGUGGGAAAGAAGAAACUAGGAAAAUUCCAGUCCCAGCUAACAGAUAUACUCCACUAAAAGAAAACUGGAUGAAGAUUUUUACUCCUGUUGUAGAACAUUUGGGACUUCAGAUACGCUUUAAUUUGAAAUCCAGGAAUGUAGAAAUCAGGACUUGUAAAGAAACCAAGGAUGUUAGUGCUCUGACAAAAGCAGCUGAUUUUGUGAAAGCCUUUAUUCUCGGAUUUCAGGUGGAGGAUGCACUUGCCCUCAUCAGAUUGGAUGACCUCUUCCUAGAGUCUUUUGAAAUUACAGAUGUUAAACCUUUAAAGGGAGACCACCUUUCGAGGGCAAUAGGAAGAAUUGCUGGCAAAGGAGGGAAAACCAAGUUUACCAUAGAGAAUGUAACCAGGACGCGGAUAGUUUUGGCUGAUUUGAAAGUUCACAUCCUUGGCUCUUUCCAGAAUAUCAAGAUGGCAAGAACUGCCAUUUGCAACCUUAUCCUGGGAAAUCCUCCAUCAAAGGUUUAUGGCAAUAUUCGAGCUGUGGCUAGCAGAGCAGCAGAUCGAUUCUGAUUUCAAAUCAGAGACUUUGUCUUGUCUUUGGACUCUAAUGAAAAAAGACCUUACUUUCUACAAAUGUUCACAAGAAACCAAGGGAAGGAUUUUUCAGUCAUUUUAGCCUUGGUCCUUUCUUCCAUUCGCAGCCAGAAGCAUGAACACAAAGUUUGAUAAGUACCUUUCAGGAUAAUUUAAACACCAAAAUUUAAUACAUUAUUAUUAUAAACAUUGUCAUAUUUUCAUUUUAUAUCACAUAUGUAGCAGAUUUGCAUUGUUUAUAGUUCUCAUUUGGAGGGGAACUUCUUGCUUAAAUAGUUCUGAAUUUACAGGUUUUUUAAUUUAUAACUUUAUAACUUUAUAAGUUUAUAAGCAUUUUUUCCCUAUGGAUUAUAAUUAAAAGACUUAUCUCAGAAAACCUCUCUAUGAAUCAUUUCCUUAAUAAUGGGGAUAAUAUUUGAAUAUGUUAGAAUCUGGUCAUUAGCAGUUUGGGCUAUACUGUGUGACCCAAGACAGGCUAAUCUUUGUACCUGUUUUGCAGUUUUUAAAAUUAAAAACCUGUGCCAGAAG